AAAUCUUAACGAUGAACGCGUGGCGCCUUUAUUAUUCAUGCGCGUCACCGACUAAAGCGACUAAAGUCAUUUAAUUCGCGCUGCCCCAGGAAAGGUGGGACACCGCCCGCCCCCCACACACGGGUCAGCCAUGCCCCCCCCGCGCGAUCGUUUCCAUGGCUACAGAAAACCAGCGUUAAGCCAAUGAGCUGCAUGUAGCGGGGCUCAGUCCACCAGCCAUUUUGCACGGAGUGGCACAGGAGGGCGAUCCUGCCAACCUGACUGCGGGCGAAGCCAAGCGGGCAGGAGCGCGACAACGUAACACGCCUGUCUGUUUACGCCGCUGAGCUGUCCGUGCGGCGGCAUGUAGGAUGCAGGGAAAUGUGAGCCCGCCGCCGCUGCGCUGCGCUGCGCUUUCCUUCGGACGGAGCCCGUUUUGCUGCAAUGCUCUGUCGACCGCUGUCCAACUCUGCUGAAGAGCGACUGACCCGAAAGGAGGGUGCUGCCUGGCGCUGACAUUGCUCAUGGGCGACCCCACUUUAUCUGGACCGUUUCCACAAACGCGGGAGCAGGUGUAUGGUUUCCGCGGCGCUGCGCACCGCCUAUAACGACCCCACAUCUGCGUGGACCUCGUGGACCUUUAAUCCCGGCGCCUCAGCUCCAGCUUCCUCUCCGCGGAUCGGACCGAACGCCUGUGAGUUUCCCCCCCACCCUGGAUGCCUCCGUGUUCGGUUAUAGGAUAAAGAGUGAGAGACUGUGCUACAGAGAGAGCUUCAGCAUGAACACAGGGACCUGGGGGAGUGUGUAUUUCAAAACAGAUAGUGGAGGACGAGCGCGAAAGAGCACCGCCGUGUGCCUCACGCUCGCGCCCGUGAAGAGGGUCCAGAGCUCCCCGAAUCUGCACGCAGGUAGUGAAUCUCAGUCGUCAGAAUCAGAUGCCUGGAGGUCACGUAGCGUCACCGACGGACUGGGGAAUGGGGACGCCGGCGCACCAGGGUCCUCGCUGGCGGCCAAGGGCUUCCGGAGCGUGCGGCCCAACCUGCAGGAGAAGAAGUCGCCGCCCACCCCGGUCCCACUGCCACCCCCCAGGAGGGAGAGCUACCACUCGGCCCCGGCAGGCCCUAACCCCCCCUCUUACAGCCACCUCCACUCCCUGAUGGAGGUGGGGGUCGCCUCCUUUGCCCUGAGUGACAGGGUGCUCGUUCAGACAGAUGCACUCCUCCGAGGCACCGGCCCACCCCAAGCUGACGGCAUCCAGGGCGGCAUGAUGGCAGUGAACGGGAGCACCUGCCAUGCCCAGGGUUCCUUCUCCUCUCCCCCAGCGUACCCCCCACCCCCGGUGUCAGUGAGCCCCUCCUACGGACCCCUUCCAACAGGCCGGAACACAGAAUCCCCCUUCCUCAGGGAGUCCCACACCUCUCGCAUCACCGUGCCCAUUGCCCGCUUUGAGGAGGAGGAGCGGAGGGUGUCCGUCAUUAAGGCUCCUCACUACGAGGGCAUCGGACCUGUGGACGAGUCUGGCAUCCCCAUCGCCAUCAGGACGACCGUGGACCGGCCCAAGGAUUGGUACAAGACCAUGUUCAAACAGAUCCACAUGGUCCACAAAGCAGAUGACGAUUACGUAGAUGCAUACAGUGCCACCUACGGAGCGAUGAGCACGGAUGGUCCCCCCGGCCUUCUCCAAGCCCACCCGCCCCCCCGGACACACACCUACCGGCCGCUGUCUAGGAACACCUCUGAUGGCCCUGGGGUCCUUGGCGACCCCCCAGACUCCAGCCUGUCGCCGUCGCCGCUCCCCCCCCCACCCCCGCCCAUGCCAUCCCUGGUCCAGCUGAGACCCCGAGAGAGGGAGCGGGAUUUGCCCGACACGAAUGAAUGGGGACCCCCGGACCGAAAAGUGGACACCCGGAAGUAUCGGGCGGAGCCCAGGAGCAUCUUUGAGUACGAGCCUGGGAGGUCUUCCAUCCUGGAGCAGGAGAGGCCGACUAGUGCCUUAAACCCCGAUGACAUAGAUUUAGAGAACGAGCCCUGGUAUAGGUUCUUUUCCGAGCUGGAGUUCGGGCGGCCGCCUCCCAAAAAGCGGCUGGAUUAUAAUCCAGACAGCGCCCCCGCUGGGCUCUUCGAGACAUCUUUGCAGCUCACUCCAGCAGACAGGGAGACAGACAGGCCAUUGAGCUCAGCCAGCGAUUACAGAAAACGGCGAAAGUCUGAGCCGGCGUUCAGCCAACCCGGACAGCAGGGGGAUAGUAAUGCACCCCAGCCAUCUCCCGGCCCCGGGGAACCCCCCAAGGCUAGCAGCGGCACCCUGAGGAGACCGCUGGCUCGCUCAUCGCCCUCAUCACCGUGCAGGGUCAAAGAUCAGGAUGGCUCCAGGACUUACCCCUACCCUGAGGGGGGGCAGUACGGGAACCACAAGAGAGGGCUCACCCCCGAUAAAGAGAAACAGCCUGCUCGAGCCAUUUACGAUUUCAAGGCACAGACUGCAAAGGAGCUAACGUUCAAGAAAGGCGACGCCGUCAGCAUUAUCCGGCAGAUCGACAGCAACUGGUACGAAGGGGAGCACCGAGGCCGCUUGGGGAUCUUCCCCAUCUCCUACGUGGAGAAACUCCCCCCCACAGAGAAGCAGCAGCAGCCAGCCAGGCCGCCACCCCCAGCACAGGUCCGAGAGAUCGGAGAAGCAGUGGCUCGCUACAACUUCAACGCAGACACCAACGUGGAGCUGUCUCUGAGAAAGGGCGAGAGGGUGAUCCUGCUCAGGCAGGUGGAUCAGAACUGGUAUGAGGGGAAGAUUUUGGACACCCAGCGCCAGGGUAUCUUCCCCGUGUCCUAUGUGGAUAUCAUCAAACAGUCUCCCAGCACCCCUAGCAGGAGCCCGGGCUCACAGGGCUACGGCAGCGACCGGCCGGCCGGCCCCCCCUCCUCCAAGCCGCCUUUGAAAUGUGACAUUGUCGCAGACGGUAAACCCCCCCUUAGCCCCCUGAUGUCCAGGAGGUCAUGCAGGUCAUCUGCAGGUCACACCUCAGGGGCUUCGUCCAGGCCUCUCCGGCCCGCCUUCGUGCGCGACACCCAGCCCUGUGGAGGAGAGCUGUUCCAGGCUCUGUAUAACUACCUGCCCCGCAAUGAAGAUGAGCUAGAACUGAAAGAGGGGGACCUGGUGGAUGUCAUGGAGAGGUGUGACGAUGGCUGGUUUGUGGGCACCUCCAGGAGAACCAAGAUUUUCGGGACGUUCCCUGGGAACUACGUGAAGCGACUGUAGGCUCCUGGAAGUGAGGACGUCAUGGACGCGUGUGCGUUUGACACGGAGGAUAGCCGUUAGCGCCGGCCGGCCCCCUUUCCGAGGGCCGGUCCCGGCAACAGCUGCACCUGCUUCACGUUCCGGUCGCCGCCUCUGCUCGGGGCCCAGCGGACAAGAGUGUCAAAGGUCGUCACCCGCGGUGACCGGAAGCCACUGCCCUGUAGUGUAGUGAGGUUAUGACUUCAUGUAGUAUGUUGUUUUGAGACUAUUUCAUCUUAUUAAUAAUAAGCUUUGUUGUUUUUGUUGAUAUGCAGUAGGUGUAAAGCGCGAGGGAGUCAAACGGCAUAAACCGAAAUGUAAACUCACAGCCUGCUCGGAGUCACUGGUAGAUUGUAACCCUCCUUUGCUGUGUAACAAAGUGCCCUUUUUGUCUGUCCUUCUCUUCGUUGUUUUUCUUUAUUUUCUUUUUUUUGGGGGGGGGGGAGGGUUGUCCACCACAUUAGCUGACAUGUAUUAUCCUUUACAGCUUUUCAGUGACUAAUGAGGGUGGGGUUACUAGUGAGAAUGUGUUAUCGGGCACCAGUGAGUAAAUUUCCCAGUCAGCGGGUGUUUGUAAGAGCUAAUAGCUAGCAGGCUGCCCGCCCCCCCACCCCCAUCACCCAGGUGCUCACUCCAGAUCAGCUGAUCAGGCCGGACUGAAAUGUUGCCAUGGCGAUUUAUGCCCCUUGGUUAAUGGAUGGUAUAAUACCAUAAUACAGGAAAACUCUGUCAGUGUUAGUCUAUGAGCCCCCCCACCACACACAAAACAUCAUUCAAGGGCUUAAACCAGCAGUGGCACAGUGUCAUAACUGACUAAAGUGCUCCUGUCUGCUCAGAGCAGACGGUGCUACACAUGCCUGAUGUGCUCUAAGUCUGUGAGCUCCAGGUCGUGGACCCAAAGCAUAAACCCUCCGUAGGAUUAGAGAGGGCCGUUGUGACAAGAAAGGUAUUUAAGGGCAAAAACACAGGUGUCUUCGUCUGUGUACACUUGUGACAAUGAAAAAUGAGUCUCUUUUAAAAAUAAGUUUUAUUUCUUCGCUUAUGCCAGUUGAGUAAUGGAGCCUUUCGGUCUGCGCUCCAGAUGGGCUUCGAAGUUAAGUGUACUAAACACUAAAGACCUUUUUUUUUUUUUUAUUUGUCAUUUUAUUUAAAGGAGAAAAGAUGUACUGAAGCUAAUAUAGUCACGUGUACUUCUCUGUGUUUGAACAUCGAAUUCUGCUUUUCUGACUCGGACUGGAGGGCUGAUCCAGCUGCGUGAGGAAAACACUUCAUCAGGAUGUUUAGGUUUCGUUUUGGAAUCGUUUGGAGUUCAGACCUCCGUCUGAUGGCCAGGAGCAGGCUGCAGAGUCGCCCGAGGAGUCGUGCGGGUGGUUUGCUAUCGAUGGAGGGCCGCCCCAAAUCCGCGGUCCGGCUUUGACGGCCCCUGUGAGAACGGGGUCCUCGCUGUGCCUGACGGCCAGUGCUUCUGUCCCCCGGGCCCGUGCCCUGCUCCCCCUGCCACCUUCCCCUCUCUCACGUUUUCUAUGUCUUUUGUAUCAAGCUGAAAAUCAAUUAAACCCACUGAUUUAUAAAGACUGCUCACCCAGAGCUGCUCUGUGUGGUUUCCCUUUCCUGUCUCCCACAAUCAAGCGAAUGGGGGGCUGGAUUUAUGCAAAAACUCAGUGUUAAUUUAUGAAUAAAUGAGAACAAUCUGUUUAUGGAAGCGGGAAAUAUGUUUGUGAGUUCAUUCUCUGUUAGAGAGAGACCAUCCAUGUGGACUGCUUGGAACAUUGCUAUGGGAACACCACAUCCCCUCCUCUGUUUGUUUCUAAGGAAACCUAAAGUCCAUAGUACUUUCAGACACUGAGUGUGUGUAUGUGUGUGCGUGUCUAUGAGUGUGUGUAUGUGUGGUGUGUGUGUGCGUGCAUGCGCACGCGCACAAAGCUCAUAAAUGUAUGACAUCACUGUUUCUUUUCUCUGGCUGUUUGCUGUGAUGGAUAGUUGUAUAGCUAAUAAACCAUAUCUUCAUACA